AUGGAAGAAGAGGUAUUGCUAAACUUGCAAGCGAAAUGGGAAGCGAGAUUAUUGGAAACACGAGUAGCCGACUUCGCACGAGCACCUGGAUCUUCGUCAUCACCCGAACCAGGUGAAGGGGGAGAGAACGAAGGCGUAUCACCAAACUCUACCAUCCCUACAAAUCCAGUAUCAUCCCCGCCCGGCCCGUCGUCUGGUAUCUUCCCUCCGCCAGGUCAAGGUCUAGCAUUACCGGGAAGGAAUUUGAAUGGUGGUGAUGAUGUGAGAGUGAAAGCUGAACCGUCGGAUGAUAUAAUGAGAAUAAGGGGAGGUGCUAGCGAAGAUGUCAAACCUAUCAUACCCAUAGACCCAAAUAGACCUGAACCCAACGCAGCGGGAUUAUUACCUGGAGACGAUAUAAUAGAUUCAGAUUUAGAUGAUUCAGAUGAUGAGCUCAGGGAUGAUGCGGAAGGUGGAGAUGACGAUGGUGAUACGGAUAUAGUGUUUUGCGUGUAUGAUAAGGUGCAACGAGUCAAGAACAAGUGGAAGACGGUAUUCAAAGAUGGAAUGAUUCACGUCAACGGAAGAGAUUACCUGUUUGCCAAAUGUAACGGCGAAUUCGAAUGGUGA